AUGCCGGUGCCCGACAUCAUCAGAGACGCGCCCCUCGGCAGCUUACUUCGAGUGCUCACGAGGAACAGGAUCUUCCAGUACAUUGAGGAGAAAAGUGACUUCAAGCUUCCUGAAGAAUAUCUACACAUCCUUGAUACCAGUGAGAAAACGCCGAACCACGAUGCUAUCCGGAGGCGACAAUCUGAAAGUUCCCAAAACACUCCUGAUCAGACAUUCGAAGCAGAAGUCGACCUGGAACAAGCCCGACGAGUCAUCACAUCGAGCAGCAUUCGUAGCACGCCAUAUACCUCCGAGGCUCUGCAGGUCGACUUGAUGCUGAGGAGUCAACGUACCAAGUCCGUCUCGAUCAUACCUACCAGGACCAGUGACGGGGUCAUCCUAGUGGACUGGUACCGGACCGACGACCCAGAGAACCCCAAGAACUGGUCAUCCCUCAAGAAGUCCGCAGUGGUCUUCAUGCUCUGUUUCUAUACCUGGACCGUCUACCUUGCUGGACCGAUCUGGGCGGCCUCCGCAGAGAGCGGUUUGACGGACCGGUUUCACGUCAGCCCAGUUGCUGCGUCGCUCGGACUAUCUCUCUACGUGCUGGCUUAUGGCAUUGGGGAUCUGCUGUUCUCGCCCAUCACUGAGAUUCCUAUCGUUGGCAGAAAUCCCGUCUACUACUUGACCUUCAUCGUCUUCUGGGUGCUGUCUUUUGGACCACCAGUUGUCGAUAGCUUCGGUGGUCUGCUGGCUCUGCGCUUCUGGCUCGGCUUUUUCGGUAGCCCGGCUCUAGCUAACGGAGGUGCUACCAUGGGAGACAUGUUUUCCGUCAUCUACAUUCCAUACGGACUAUGUUGGUGGGUCUUCUCGGCGUGGUGUGGUCCCGCAUUCGGCCCUCUAAUAGGCGGGUUUGCAGCUAUGGCCAAAGGCUGGACUUGGCCGAUGUGGGAGGUGGUAUGGAUCGCGUCUCCGGUGCUGGUCCUCCUGCUGCUCUUCAUGCCCGAAACUUCAGCCGACAAGAUCCUCCUCCAUCGGGCACGGCGCCUACGCAAGUUGACGGGUGACCCCAGACUACAGUCGCAGGGCGAGAUCAACCAACGCAAUUUGUCAGGCAGACAGAUACUAUUCUCAGCACUGAUCCGGCCCGUGGAGAUCACGUUCAAAGAUCCCUCGAUCUUCUUCGUCAAUCUCUACACAGGAUACUUCUAUGGCGUCUUUUACACCUUCUUCGAGGUGUUCCCACUGGUCUUCCCACCUCUGUAUGGCUUCAACCUGGGAGAGACUGGGCUCGCUUUCAUGUCCUGCCUAAUCGGUGUUUGCGUCGCGAUUCUUGCCUACUUCGCCUACCUACACUUUUACAUGGUGCCAGACAACCUGAAGAACGGAUUUCGCGAACAAGAACAUCGUCUCGUGCCAGCUAUGAUCGGCUCACUGCUGCUCCCCAUCGGUCUCUUCCUCUUCGCGUGGACGGCCAAACCGAGUAUCCACUGGGUUGCCCCGCUGACCGGCGUCGCCAUCUUUUGCUGCGGUCAUUUCUGGACGAUGCAGUCGCUGUUCAUUUACAUCCCGUUCUCAUACCCGCAAUAUGCGGCAUCGCUGUUCGCCAGCAACAGCAUCUGGCGGUCUGCCACCGCGGGAGCAAGCGUCGUCUUUGCUCGACCACUUUUCCUCAACCUUGGCAUAGCUAGGGGCGUUUCCUUGCUCGGUGGUCUGAGUGUUAUGGGCAUCAUAGGCACCACAGCCAUCUACGUGUGGGGAAAGCAAUUACGUGCGCGGUCGAAGUUCGCGGUCGGCUAG